CUUCAUAAUGUAAGACGCAACCUAUUCGAUUAGUUCCGCGCUCUAAUUAUUCGAUAAGCGCGCCUCCUAUUGCUAGUGCAUAGUUCUCGGAUUCGUCACAAUGCCAUUGUCUGCACAAUUUAUCCGCAAUUUGCAGCGCUUCCGCUUGGUAACAUUCGAUGUCACAGACACAUUGCUGCAGCUGAAGGAUCCGCCCGCCCAAUACGUGAGCACGGCGACAGCCUGUGGCGUGCCAAACAUAGACAGUAAGAAGCUGCAGCUUUGCUUUCGGCAACACUUCAAGAUCAUGAGCCAAAAUCAUCCAAACUUUGGACGCAGCACACCAGACAUGGGUUGGCGAUCCUGGUGGCUACAGCUGGUGGACAAUGUGUUUCGCUGUGGCCAUCCAGGCAUCGAGGAGGCGAAACUUAAGCAGAUUGCCGAGCAAUUGUUGCUGGUUUUUCGUACGCGAGCCUGUUGGACACACAUUGAAUGUGCCGGGAAUUUGGUUCAACGAAUGCGUGAUGCUGGCAAAUGUGUGGGCGUCAUAUCCAAUUUUGAUCCCUCGCUGACGCAAGUGCUCGAGGAAAUGGAGCUUUUGCAUAAAUUCGACUUUGUUCUCACGUCCUAUGAGGCCGGUGUUAUGAAACCAGAUGUGGGCAUUUUCGAAAUACCGCUGAAACGCCUCAAUAUUGCACCAACCGAAGCCCUCCAUAUUGGCAAUAAGUACGACAUGGACUAUACAGGUGCCCGCAAUAGCGGCUGGAGCAGCUUGCUGGUCCAAACUGGCCCCGAGGGUGAAGUUUCAGGCUCAAAUUUGGAUGCUGAAGCAGUCGGACACACGUUCGCCAGCUUGCGUGAAAUGCUUCAGACGCUGGAGACUAAGCAGAUUGUCUGGUGACAGGAUAAUAUAUGCAUAGUUAUGUUGCCAAAGAUUUCAUACUUUUGACGUGAUUUUUAUAAGCUUUUGUGAAUAUUAUAAGUAGAUUUGUUCUUGAGCAUAGAACUAAACAUUGUACAUAGGUGUAUAAAAUGCAAUAAUUUAAAAUAACACUGUUUUAAACAUUAAACUAUACCUGAAUGUCUUAA